AUGCGUACCCUCCGAACCAGACGCCUACCCGUGAGGCCACUCCCUCGAUGUCUGACAACGUCAUCACCGUCAUCUGGGACGACAGCAGUCAAGCCCAUACCUCUCAGCUCCGUCCUGAUUGCCAAUCGGGGCGAGAUUGCCAUCCGCAUCAACCGCACAGCCGAGCGUAUGGGUAUCCGUGCUACGACCGUAUAUACCGACGUAGACGCAGCGGCAUGGCACGCAUCGUGCGGAUACCAGUCUCUGGGACUGGGUGCCGCUUCGGACGGCUACUUGGACGGCGACAAGAUCAUUCAGCUGGCCAAGAAGAAUGGCAUCCAAGCCCUACACCCAGGCUAUGGGUUUCUCUCGGAGAACCCGCAGUUCGCGGAGAAGUGUGAGAGGGAGGGCAUCGUGUUUGUCGGCCCGCCGGCCUCGGCCAUGGCUGACAUGGGUCACAAGGCACGCAGCAAGGAGAUCAUGACCGAGGCUAGCGUCCCCUGCGUCCCGGGCUAUCACGGCACCGAGCAGGGCGAGGAGGAACUCCUGAUCCGGGCUCGCGACGAGGUUGGCUUCCCUGUUCUGCUGAAGAGCGUGCGCGGCGGCGGCGGCAAGGGCAUGCGCAUCGUCAUGAGCGAAGACAAGUUUGUAGCGCAGCUGCGGAGCGCCCGCGCUGAGGCGUGCGCCUCCUUUGGCGAGGGCGGCGAGGUCAUGCUCGUCGAGAAAUACAUUGUGCGUCCGCGCCAUGUCGAGGUCCAGGUCUUCGCCGACAAGUCGGGAAACACGGUCGCCCUGGGUGAGCGGGAUUGCAGCGUCCAGAGGCGCCACCAGAAGAUCCUUGAGGAGUCGCCCGCGCCGGACCUCGAUGACGCCACCAGGCGUGACCUAUGGGACAAGGCCAGGAGGGCCGCCGCCGCAGUUGGCUACGUCGGCGCGGGCACCGUCGAGUUCAUCCUCGACAAGGACACCGGCCGCUUCUACUUCAUGGAGAUGAACACACGUCUGCAGGUCGAGCACCCUGUCACCGAGAUGGUCACGGGCCUCGACCUGGUAGAGUGGCAGUUUCGCGUUGCCGCUGGUGAGGACCUCCCCCUCAGCCAGGAAGAGGUCGAGCGCGCCAUGAGCCUUCGGGGUGCCGCGAUAGAGGCUCGCAUCUACGCUGAGAACCCCGAGAAGGGUUUCCUGCCGGACUCGGGAAGGCUGGUCAAGGCCUACCUGCCACUGGAAACCGACCCGGACGUCCGCCUGGACAGGGGGUUCCGGUCCGGCAGCACCAUCUCCGAGGCCUACGACGGCAUGAUUGCCAAGCUCAUCGUCCGCGGGGACACGCGCACCCGUGCCGUCGCCAAGCUGGAGGCUGUCCUGCGAAAGUAUGAGAUUGUCGGCGUCAGCACAAACGUCGAGUUUCUCAAGCGUCUAUGCCAGACCCCGGCCUUCAUAGACGGCGACGUCGACACGGGUUUCAUAGACAAGCACAGAGACCGCCUCUUCUCACCACGGCGAAUCGCCAACGAGGUAUUCUCCCAGGCAGCCCUGGGGGUGGUGGGGCUCGAGAUCCGCAGAACCGUUGGCGAUAAUGGCCCCCACGGCCGGGCCUUGGGGUUCGGAAGCCAGCCUGCCCGUAGCCUCCUGUUCAAGGUCCUGGACGGGUACGGCGAGACCGAGGGCGAGGUAGUCGAAGCGAGCGUCACCCAGACUGACCGCCAUAUCUUUACCGUUACUGUUUCCCGCAAGGACGAGGAGCAGGAGAUAUUCACCAACAUCUCCACACAGUACCGCUAUCCCGACGAUGCUACCAUCAGCGUAGAGUCCCGCUUCCCCGAACAGCGCAUCACGUCGUCUGUCGUUCACCGGACGAUGGACAAUGACGUCAAGGUCACAAUCUUCCAGCAUGGUGUCAAGACGGACCUUGAGCUGGUUCCGCCGAAGUGGUAUGAGAAGGAGCUUGGCAUUAAGGAGGUCAAAGCCUCCGUUGCCGCACCGAUGCCCUGCAAGAUCCUCAAAAAUGAGGUCCAAGAGGGCCAGCAGGUGAAGAAGGGUGACCCGCUAGUCGUGUAA